GGCGCCGUCGCUCGCCCGCCUCUUUCUUGCGUGCCUGGCAGUCUCCAGGGUCGUUGCUGCUCCGGCCGAGGGGACCCCGAGUUCACCGAGCGGCGAGAGAGAGCCUUUGAAAAUCGGAAAGCUGAGAGAGCUUAUGCUCAGCUCGUACUGCCCUACCCAUGCCGACUUGACUCCAUGCAAGACACAUUUGUUCCUCAAGGAGAUGCGCAAGACCAAGACACUGGAGGAGAAGAAGAAGAUGCUGAUCGAGAGGCAGGCCGGCGGCGCCCUCUCCAGCACCGCGCCGCACGCCCCGCUGCUCUCUUUCGCACCGCACAAUCGCCUCUGGCUCCGACUAUCUCUCCGCGCCGCGGCCGCGGCUCCACUUCGCACCAUCGCACUCUCCUCCCUCCUGCGACAGGCGAAGAUGAAAGCCAUGCCUCCGGACGAGCGCAAGAAGAUGACGUCCGAGACCAAGGCGCGCGCCGGUCUCUCCCUCCCUUCGCAUGCUGCCUUCAAAGCAAUGUAUGCGGCUUACUGCAGCACGGCGAGCCCCCCACCGGGAAGAAAUAACGCGGUCUGCGAGCACAAGAUGCUGAAACGCCUGUACAGCGUCUGACGACGGGCGUGCGAGGAGCGUAAACGUCUGUGGUGCAGAGAGUUUGUGAGAGGGUUGGUGAGAGAGUUUUGUGUCUGUGUGGCUCGCCGAGCCACAGCCAGUCGGAGCACUCGCUUGCUUUUUUUCGCUCCAGUCCUGC